AUGCCCUGUCAUACCAUCAGAUGCUGUGUGCCUGUACUCUAUUCUUCCAAUCACACAGCACUUGCAACAGGCCUUGCACACACUGGUGCACAAGCAUCAGAGCCUAUAGCGAGAGCCAGUGACACAUCAAUAUACGGACCACUAGAGAAAGGGAGCCUUACUGCUGCCAACCCCCCUCCCCAGGUGCUAACCCCACACAGUGGGUCGGACCCCACAGCAGCAGGCAGCCAACCCUUCCCCGCCACUGCCCUCCCCCCUCUCCAGGUGCUAACCCAGUCAGUGCCGAACACGCCGCAUCCAAAACUCCUCUUCCUCUCGCACACAGUGGGUCUGACCACACAGCAGCAGGCGGCAAUGCUGCCACGGCAGCCCAACGUGCUGUGCCUGUCGCUGCCCCUGCUGCACCGCAACCACUCCUCCCGGCGCGCGCUGGGCUUCUCACACGAAGAGAUUCGCCGCAUGCUCGUGCUCUUCCCCACGCUGCUGCUUCUCAGGGCAGCAGCAGGCCGCCAUACUGCCGCGGUGACAUUUCAGUCGACUCAGAAGCCCAACGUGCUGUGCCUGUCGCUGCCCCUUUUGCACCGCAACCACUCCUCCCUGCGUGCGCUGGGAUUCUCCCCAGAGGACAUUCGCCGCAUGCUCGUGUCGAAAAUAGCAGGCUAA